CUCAUCGGGCUGUCCUAUCAAACCUUUGCCUUGCGCAAGGCGCUAUGCAAGGCCUUGUGCCCGCACCGAAGCGACGUUAGGCUGCGAGAGGGCUACCGGUAGCAACUCAGUGUAUGAUAUUCACGAUCGGAGUCUGGUAAAUCAACGAAGUGCUUACGUUAUUUACCCAGUAAGUGCCACCUGCUCCAUGUUCGCUGUUGUCCGCAACCGCGUGCUUGCCUUCGCGGCUUACCAACCAGCAUGCGUGGCCAAUCAACUAAUAAGAUACACUGCGUCAAGCCGAGACGUUGAUGAGCUAAACCAGGAACUGAACGAUUUCUUCGGCGUCGCCUACGUUGAUAGCGCUGCUGCCGACCAUCCCCCGAAUACCGGCCGCGGCGACAAAGGUUCCCAGGCCCGGCCUCAUGCCACCACUGCUGCUGCUGCUGAACCCACUCCCAACCAAAGAAGGCCCGGGAAGAGCGGUAACAGUCCGGACAUUUCAACUCAACACAAUGCCACCACACCGGCUGCCCGCGGCAGCUUAGAACCCUCCCAUAGGCCAAACCACGGCUUUGCAGCGUCUGCGCGAGAUGAGGCUGAGGCAGAGGGUCGGCCGGAUUUGGGUCGGCCGCACCGCCCGUACGGUAACAGCUACGACAGCAGUGCCGUACAAUGGAGCGCGUCUAGUAGCGAGUCACAGGAAGAAGCUAGGACUCAACGGUUACAGCCGUUUUCAGCAGGGCGAGGAGAAGGGGAUGGAGAGGUUGACGAGCCGCAGCAGCAACAGCGGCGGCUGACUCACAUCGAUUCAUCUGGGUCAGCAAGCAUGGUGGACGUCUCGCAGAAAGCCGUCACGACCCGAGAGGCGCAGGCCUCCUGCGUUGUCUCCCUGAGUGAUGCCUUUGAGGCGGUCGCAGCCAACAGCCUGGCCAAGGGCGAUGUGCUCCGAGUUGCCCAGCUGGCCGGCAUUGGCGGCGCCAAGGCCACCGCCAACCUCAUCCCGCUGUGCCACAACAUCCCCAUCAGCAAGGUGGACGUGCAGCUGCACCUGGAUGCGCCCUCCCGCAGCGUCAUCAUACGCGCCCUGGCCCGCACCGACGGCAAGACGGGCGUGGAGAUGGAGGCGCUGACGGCGGCGGCGGUGGCGGCGCUCACGGUGUACGACAUGUGUAAAGCCGCCGCCAAGGACAUGGUGGUUGGGCCGUUACAGUUGGACUACAAGGCGGGCGGGCGCAGCGGCACGUACCUGCGGGCGGGGCUGCGGAGGGGGGACUUGUUGCCGUCAGCCAGACCGCCGCUGUGAGGGGGCGUGUGUGGUCCGCGGCGGGUCUUAUUGCAUGAUUGACGUCGUGGGGUAAAUUGUUUCGCAUAGGUGACAAUGGCAUGGGGGUGAUAUUGAAUGGUGGCAACAGAGCAGAGGUGCUGUGGUAUUAAGCGGGCGAUUAGGGAGCGUGGUGGGGAGGUAUUGGCAUGGGGGCCGAUGCCCGGAUGGUUGCCCGGAUGCCGCUGGUUAGCUGUUGCGGGAAAGCGCCUCUGAUUGAGGUGCAAAGGGAGUUCGCGUCGUACCGGCAGUAGCACGGUAAAGACGACAUCUACAGCUGAUCGGGGGUGUUAUAAGCACCACCGGUAUGUUGAGGCAAGGACAGCUGCAAGCCUAGGAUGCAUGGGGGUUUACCCACUCGCGAUAAAGUAGUAAGCAGUAUACCUCGCUAUGUACGUGUGCUACCAGUUGGGCAGAGCUACUACGCACUACCGGCAUGACAAACCCUUCCAACCGCUGUCACGCUGUUGUACAGACUUGACGCCAUCGCGAUGCGACUACAAUACCGCGUGCACAACGGUUAUACUAAAACACUAGGCAUGCCCUUUCGGAGGAAUGGCAGGAGGCGCGGUUAACACUUCACAUGUUCGGGGCUUGGGCUCAAAUUUUCGCCGUCACUACAUCCUUCUUAAUUCUAUUUGCUGCGGCAGAAGCGUCAGGCGUAAAUGAUGUCGCCUUUGCGAGCGAAGGUUUAGACUACGUUUCUCAGGCUGACGGAUGGCAGCCGCGAUCUCCAACAACACAAUGUUGGGACGCAUUUCUGAGCUAUCGCCGUUGCGAAGCAAGCAAAGAAGCUGUAUGGCUUCAUGACCAGCUGGUCAAAAGAGGCAAAACUGUCUUUCUUUACCAGCACCACAGGUCCGCCACGGGUAAUCGUGCGCACCAUCCG